AUGGAUGUAUCUCCGGAGAGAUAUGCUCCCCAUCUCUCGGAAUUCUACUCGAUGAUGAAUGGCAGCGAUAAGACGUCAGGACAUAUCCACAAGGCUUCUCCACAAGUUGAUCACCCCAAGGAUUUUAGUGCACACCCGAUGGAUGACGUGGUCUCGACGUCAACGUCCACACAGAACAAUCUAAGAAGACCGUCGUCAAUACGCUCAGGAGUCAGCGGAUUCAGUAUCACCGAACUCCAUGCAUUGGUAACGAAAGAGGAUAUCAAGAAGACCCAGGGCAGUAUGAAGAGCCUUGUGGGUAAAAUCACAAAGUACUCAGAGAAAUUAAACGAGUUGGCCCAGUUCUCAACCGAGAUAGCGUUUGAACUCGAAGACAUGGCACGGUUGAAAGGAUGCAGCGAUCUUACGGCAGAUAAGUUCAUCAAUGCAAGCGGACUCUUCCACCUCGUCUCAAACCAUGAUAGAAUCAUUUCAAACUGCUGCGAGGAAGUCGUCGUGAAGGGGCUAAAUCAGAAGGUAGAAAAGCUAGACUCUGAUUUCAAGGCCGAAGAAAUUACCUUCAAGAAACAGUUCAAGGACCAGAGCAUCAAGUUGAAGUUGCAGGAAAGGUAUAGUUCGGCAAUGGCAAAACGGAAAAUACGGAACUUGGUGUCGUAUCGCGAAAAUCUAACAAUUUUGCAGCAUCAGUUGGACCAGCUAGAAAUGUUAAAGCACGACUACUAUCAGAAAUCGUAUGGAAUGGUGGAGGCAACUUGUCAAGGCGUACUUAAAGACAUAGCGACUUUAGCAAGGGCACAGAUCGAAAUUAGCGAAAAUAUCGCAAGAAAGGGUUGGUCAGGUGGAGGAUUGGAUAACUUAAUUAUCGAUGCAGAUGACCCCUUCAGCACUGGUAACGAAGAUGAAGCAGACAUAGAUUUAACACAACUUGCACAAAUACCAGAAAAUGCAUCCUUGGAUAACUCAAAAUCCAAUAUGUUGACUCCAAAGAAACAAAUAACCCCACCUUUUAACGACAAUUUGCUAAAUCAAUCUGAUGAGUUGCUAAGCUCUCCGGCUCAAAUCAGUAACAAUGAAGGAAAUGCCAAUAGCAAUAUCAUUGACGAAAAGGGAAAUACAAACAGCAAUACGAAAAGCCAUCCUCAUGACUCAAGCCAUAGCAAUGAAACCGAAAAUGAAAAUGCUAUUACGCAGUACCCGGAAACCCAGUCGGUUAAUUCAGUUAGGAUAGAUAAGGACAAAGGGGACUUUGAAGAGGAUAACUUUGACAAUUCGUUUUCCUUACCUCUAACAAAUACUUCCAACAACAAAGGCAUUUCGUCAUCAAGUAUAAACGACUCUCCGCUGUCUGCUGAUAACAUAUUAGAAGCUACCGGUGAACUAAAUAUCAAUGACCAAUCGAGUACAUUUUCCAACUGA